AUGUAUGAAGUGAUGAAGACGAAUCUACCAAAAGAAACAAUGGCAUUCCCUGGUCAUCCAUUUCCUCAUCAUCUACCCUCAUUUAUCACCCAUCAACAAGUUCUUCAAUAUAUAACGAAAUAUGGGGAUCACAUCGAUGUUCAGCUGAAAACACGUGUUUUGAGGGUUGAAAGGAAUGGCGAGAGAUGGAUGGUAGAGGUAGAGAAAGAAGGUGAAAAGAGACAAACGGAAGUGGAUGUGCUAUUUGUCUGCAACGGCCAUUAUUCCCAUCCAAAUCGACCAUUCGAUGAGAAACGCUUUACAAAGGGAUCGAUCGUUCACAGUCACGACUAUCGCUCGAAUAGAGGAUAUCGGGAUCGAAAAGUGGCUGUGUGCCCUAAAGGACCGAAGCCUCUGAUGAGGAUGUACCACAUGCUUGGCGCUGACCAGUGGGACUAUUUCGAAGAGCUUCAGCAAAGAGCAAAGCGUGAUGACCCAUUCUUUUCUUCGAUGGUGCGCCAUAUAUUUGAGCUGACUGCGGAGUUGCGAAAGGACGACAUCGCAGCUUACAAGGACUUUUCAUUCCAUAUUGUCGAUGGCCAUCUUUGCGUCGAGCAA